AUGGGAAGGGCUUUGUUUUUGCUACUGGUUGUGGUGUGCUGUGCACUGGUGGCGGGUGUGAGUGGCUAUGAGGACGAAUGGAGGUGGGAGAAGGAAGAAGGCCGUGGAGAAGAGGGUGGCGCAGGGCGGCCGGAAGGAGUGGAUUGGUUCUUGUUGCAGGAUUCAAAGCAAGUGGUGAAGACUGAUGCAGGGAAUAUGAGGGUGGUGAGGGGUUUUGGAGGAAAAUUUUUGAGAAGUCCCUUGCAUAUUGGUUUCAUUACUAUGGAGCCCAGAAGUCUUUUCAUACCUCAGUAUCUUGAUUCCAGUCUCAUUCUCUUCAUUCGCGAAGGCUUUGAUCACUUAACAUUGUCAACAGCAUUCAACGUUUCUAUAGCCGAAUUAAAGAAACUGUUGACGAGGCAACAGGCUGGUCCAAUCAUUUCUCUAUCCGAUUCUCAAACCCCGAGCAUGUGGGCCGGGUUUUUGGAACUCGAGCAUCAUCAGAAACUGGCUCACUUGAAGAGAGUUGUUCAUUUGAAGGAAAAAUUCAUUGAAGAACCAAAAUGGUCAUUUAGGAAGCUUUUGAUCUCUGUAUUUGGAAAGGCAACGAAGAAAAGAGAGGACAAAAAAAGUGAAGGGCCCGGUUCUUAUAAUAUCUAUGAUAUAAAGCCUGAUUUUAAGAACAAUUAUGGAUACAGCAUUGCUUUGGACGAGUCCGAUUACUCACCCCUUGGCCAGUCGGACGCUAGCAUUUAUCUUGUUAAUCUCUCUGCGAUCGCAUCAAGAUCUGGCCCUUCUGAGUUUUUCGGUUUCACCACAUCCGCACGCCGAAACCGGCCUCAGUUCUUAGUGGGGGCGAAUUCAUUGUUGCGGACAAUGAGAGGGCCUGAAUUUGCUAAUGCUUUUGGAGUGAGUGAGGAGAGAUUGAACGAGAUACUCGACGCCCAGAGAGAGUCGGUUAUCUUGCCAUCGGCCUCCAUUACACCACCGGACGAGAUAAUGGAGGAGACCAUGGAAGUGGAGAUGAAGAAGACUGAGAUGGUACCAAAUAUGAUCAGGAGCUUUGGCAAUGACAUGAUCCUGGGGUUUGAUUAA